AUGAAUGAAACAGUAGAUAAUGAUGCUUGGAUGUGGAUCCGUGAUGUGAUGAGAUCAUGGCUCGAAGACCCUGGUGUGGACGAGUACCAGGGUCUCAAUAUGAGCGCUCUGAAGAUGGACCAAGCGUACGUUGUCGGUGUAACUGAUAGGGACGUUGGAGUUUACGCGGUAUCAGAUGACUGUUUCAGAUGCCCAUUCGAGUUGCAAAAGAAUCUGUCCCCGGAGUCAGCGAGCUGGUGGGUUGUGAACACUGCGCGUCGGACGACCUGGCGAGUGUACGCAGACGCCACGGAGAACUACACAAGUGUUAGGAACACUUCAGGCUUGCUGUGUCAAUUAAGACCAAACUUAGGAGAGUUUGGGGUAUACACUUUAAAUGCGACCGGCGAUGGGUGUAACAUACGCACUGACAAAGAGCCUGUCGAUAUAUAUAUGCCUCUACUCCUUCUACUAGGAGUAUUAUUAGCGGCAUGGGUUCUUUACGGUGUAUUAAGGCUCAUAAUAUCAAGAGUCAGGAGAUCAGCUAAGCUUCGGUAUGGAGAUAAGGAAUUAGCCAUUCAACAGAGAUUACGUGCUCUUGAUACUUUUAGAGGGAUGGCUAUAGUGUUUAUGAUAUUCGUAAACGAUGGAGCCGGCGGGUAUUGGUGGCUGGAGCACGCGACAUGGAAUGGCCUGGCUGCUGGUGAUCUCGUCUUCCCCGCUUUUCUCUGGAUCAUGGGCGUCUGCAUACCGCUCUCAGUGAAAAGCGCCAUUGCCAAGGGAGUGCCGAGAUGGAAAAUCGUUUUUCAUAUCAUUAGGCGCUCAAUAAUUAUGUUCCUGCUCGGUAUAUCUUUGAGUACGAUCUACGGGUCCAAUAUGUUGGGUGAGUUGCGGAUAUUCGGCGUGCUCCAGAGGCUAGCUGUAGCUUAUCUCAUCUCAGCGGGCUUUUAUGCCAUCACCGCUCCUAAAUACUACACACCGCCUAGGGGAGCUUGCGGACAGGCUCUGAAAGACGUGUUAUCCUGUGUCUGGUGCUGGGUGCUGGCGGGAGUGCUGGUAGCUGUGCACAGCGCUAUCACAUUCAUCAUACAUGAUCCUAAUUGCCCGGCUGGAUAUCUCGGGCCAGGUGGUAAGCAUGACGAGUGGAUUGCACCGAAUUGCAGUGGUGGAGCAGCAGGGUACAUUGAUCGGUUGCUCCUGGGAGAGUCACAUAUGUUCCAGCACAGUGACGCUAGGAACGAAUAUGAAGGACCAGUCACAGAUCCGGAGGGCUUAUUGGGCAGUCUGACGUCAGCCGUCCAAGCGCUACUCGGCGUGCAGGCGGGCGCCACCGUGCUGCUGCAGCGCUCCCACAAGGCGCGCGUGUCGCGCUGGCUCGCCUGGGCGCUCGUGUUCGCGCUCGCGGGCGCUCUGCUCGCGGGCUUCUCGCGGGAGCACGGCGUGAUUCCCAUCAAUAAGAACCUUUGGUCUAUGUCAUUCGUUUUGGUAACAUCAGCGGCGUCGCUGGCGAUAUUAAGUAUCUGCUACACGUUCACGGAUGCCUGGCGUGUUUGGGACGGAGGGCCGUUCCGAGCCCCCGGACUCAACGCCAUCGCCCUAUACAUAGGACACUCCGUAUGCGCUCACCUCUUCCCGUUCCACUGGAGAGUACCAUUCAUGAGGACGCAUGCCGUACGACUCAUCGAAGCUGUAUGGGGAACAGCCUUGUGGGUAAUCAUUGCCCAUAUUAUGGCAAAGAAAAAAGUAUUUAUUACGCUCUGAGCAAAAUGUUGCCAGUUUAAAAAUGGAAUUAUCAUUUAAUAAUUUUCGAAAGUUAUACUUUUUUUUUAUCUGUUCGCGGUGCUAUGUUCGUGCCUGUUGUCGUUUAUAUUUAUAGCUGUAUAAAAUAUUCCUUAUACGACGUAUCUGUAGAUACUUGAUAUUUUAUAUC